AGCAAAUCAAAGAAAUAUAGCCACCAUGUUCAAAUACGCUUCUGUCAUCCUUGCCAUCAUUGCCUGCGUUGCUGCCAAGCCCGGUCUCCUGGGUGCUCCUCUGGCCUACACUGCUCCCCUGGCCUACGCUGCUCCCCUGGCCUACGCUGCCCCUGCUCCAGUCGUGACCGCCACCAGCAGCCAGGUGAUCGCCAGGAACUACAAUGGAAUCGCCGCCGCUCCAGUGAUUGCUCCCGUGGCUGCUCCAGUCGUCGCCAAAUAUGCAGCUGCUCCUCUGGCUGCUCCUUUGGCCUAUUCCUCCCCUUUGGCUUACUCUUCUCCGCUGGCCUAUAGUGCGUUUGCAGCUGCCGCUCCAGUUCUUCUGUAAGAACUUUGACUGACCGAUAAAUAUAUACAAAUUAAACGAAAUCGAAAGAACUCCAAGCGUUUUAUUGGGCAAUGGAGAUACUGCGAAGCUACCGGCAAUUUAAAUUGAAUUAGCUACUGUCAGCCAGUCGUGGCCAUAAACAACAGUAGUGACUGCCCACUCGCACUCCACUGUUUCCGGAUGCACAUCACGUAGCCAGUGGACAAGUUAUUGGGCACCGGCAGCCGUCGCUGGAUGCGUGAUAUUUAAAAGUGGCCAAAAUGGUUUGUUUUGAUGUUG